CAGCGAAGAAGACCCGUCUAGUAAUCGACGUGAUAUGAUAGAAAUCGUACGUUAUCCGCGCGUUGUCGAGACAUGUAUGGCGAUGAAUUUACGCAAAAAAGCAAGCGGAUUAUUUGCGGCAACGACGACGAGUCCUCGGGGGGCGGCAGGUUGCAGCGGCGCGGGCGCCGCGGCCUCUCCAACGGAGGGUGCCCGCCAGGGGAGCCCCAGGGGGGCGCCGAAGGGCCGACGCCGGGGCGGGACGAGCUGGAGGGGCCGGGCGCAGCUGAGGAUGACGCUGUUCACCUCGAGAGACGGGUGGGACUCGUCAGUGGGGUGGCUCUAAUUGUGGGCACGAUGAUAGGAUCUGGAAUUUUCGUCUCUCCGUCUGGACUACUGGAAAGGACUGGAUCAAUCGGGAUGAGUUUCGUCAUAUGGAUGGCCUGUGGAUUGUUAUCCUUGUUAGGAGCCCUAGCGUACGCCGAACUGGGCACGAUGAUCACCUCAUCGGGCGCCGAGUACGCUUACUUCAUGGACGCCUUCGGCGCCCCGCCAGCAUUCCUCUUCUCCUGGGCGAGCACCCUCGUCCUCAAGCCCUCCCAGAUGGCCAUCAUCUGCUUGAGCUUCGGCCAGUACGCGGUCGAGGCCUUCGUGAGGGAGUGCGAGCCGCCCGUCUCGGUGGUCAAGAUGGUGGCCCUGCUCGCUUUAGUGGUCAUUCUCUACGUGAAUUGCUACAGCGUGAAUUUGGCUACGAGCGUGCAGAAUGUGUUCACAGCGGCCAAAUUGGUGGCAGUCUUGAUCGUGGUGUUGGGGGGAGCGUACAAAAUGAUAGAAGGCAACACCCAGCAUUUAAUCGACCCGUUCAAAAACACCAAAUACUCGAUCGGCAACAUAGCCACCGCUUUCUACACCGGUCUUUGGGCCUACGACGGAUGGAACAAUUUGAACUACGUCACGGAGGAGAUCAAAAACCCCUCUAGAAACCUGCCGCGCAGCAUCGUCAUCGGCAUCCCGCUGGUGACCGUCUGCUACGCCCUCAUCAACAUCAGCUACCUGACGGUGAUGUCGCCCAUGGAGAUGAUGACCAGCGAGGCGGUGGCCGUCACCUUCGGCGAUCGCGUGCUCGGCACCGUCGCCUGGCUGAUGCCGCUCUCGGUCACCAUCUCCACCUUCGGCUCCGCCAACGGCACGCUCUUCGCCGCCGGAAGGUUGUGCUUCGCCGCCUCCAGGGAGGGCCAUCUGCUGGACAUCUUGUCGUACGUGCACGUGCGGCGGUACACGCCGUCGCCGGGGUUGAUUUUCCACUCGCUGAUCGCCGGAGCAAUGGUUAUGUACGGCACGAUCGAUUCUUUGAUCGAUUUUUUCAGCUUCACGGCGUGGAUUUUCUACGGCGGGGCCAUGGUGGCUCUGAUCGUGAUGAGGAGAACGAAACCCAACAGUCCCAGGCCCUAUAAGGUGCCCAUAAUCAUUCCAUACCUGGUGUUAGUGAUCUCUGUGUACCUGAUAAUAGGCCCCAUCGUGGACAAGCCCACUAUCGAGUAUCUCUACGCAACGCUUUUCAUUCUUGGAGGGAUGGUGUUUUAUGUUCCCUUCGUGCAUUAUAAGUUGAGGAUACCAUUUAUGGAUGGAGUGACAGUUUUCCUGCAAAUGUUUCUGGAAGUUGCUCCAACUUCGACUAUACUGGAGUGAAAAGUGAAGUAGGAAAAUUCGGGGAAAAUUUUUUGAAAAAAUAAAUAUAUCUUAAUUGAAAUUGUUAUUUUUAAAGAUGUGAAAUUAAAGUUUUGACAAAU